UAGAUAGAUAGAUAGAUAGAUGAUAGAUAGAUAGAUAGAAUAAAUAUAAAUAGUCUGUCUUUUUUUUUAACCACACACAUUGUCAAAUUCACAUGUUGCUUCACAUGCCUUCCACAACUCUUACCAACACCAUGGAGCUCACCUUAUUACACCUCCCUUCUCCCUCAGAUAAGUUUGAGACUUGCCAAGAAAAAGAUUGAAAAAGAUAGCAACAUCAAAACUAUCAGAAUUGUCUCUUUCCGACACUCUGAAUAGAAAGCUGAACUUCUAUUAGCUGGGGGGAGGGGAGAGAGCGAGAGCAUUUAUAGACAUACACACCCGCAUGAGCACACCAACAAAACUUCAUUCUAAUGUAAUAUUUUGGGUCACUCAAACACACUGGCCGAACUUCUUUCACUUCCUAAAAAUCAGGUUUGAGAAAUUUCUCAACACAGAUCAUGUGAUUUCUUGAAGGCACACAGAAGAGUCAGCUCAUUGGGGCACGCUAAGACAAUUAGAUCUUGAAGGAAAGAGGGAGGGAAGAAGAAACAAAAAAACCUGUUUGAGGAAGCAGAGAGAGGAAAUCCCUUCUUUGCGUUUGCCUUCAAUGCUGUAGGCAAGCUUUUAUUUUCAGGUUAGAAGGACUGGAUUGGCUCCUGGCCUUCUUCUCUCCUUUUCCUCAGAAAAAUUAAGCCACUGUCUCACAGUGACCACAACUGCUGACACAAUGAAGACCUGGAUUGAACCUCUUGUUGCUGGUGCUCAGCUUGCCAGCGCUUUCUACGACACAGGACUAUUGCUAGUGGUGAAGAACUACUACAACCAGACCAAUUCUUCUUCAGCGCAUUCCAGUGAGGAGGCGCAGCAAAAAGCGAUCUCUGACUUUUACAUCAUCUACCAUCUUGUUGAUGGGUUAACCCCUCUGUUAUCAGCUUAUGGCCUGACUAGGCUGGGUGACCGGAUAAAUCGGAAGAUCAGCAUUUGCGUGCCUUUGUCUGGCUACUUACUCUCCCGUUUCCUUCUACUCCUUUUGAUCUUGUUGGCUUGGCCAAUUGAGGUGAUGUACGGGGCUGCUGUCUUGCACGGCUUGACUGGAGGAUUCACCACAUAUUGGGCCAGCAUCAUGGCCCUGGGCUCCCAGCAUUCAUCUGAGAGCAGAAGAUCCCUGCAUCUCAUCCGCAUUGAGCUCAUCUAUGGCAUUGCUGGUUUUGUGGGAAGCAUUGCUUCAGGACACCUCUUUGUUACCUUCCAUCUCAAUUAUCAGCAUGGUAUAGUGUUGAUAUCCUGUAGUGUUGCCUUAUAUGCCUUGUGUGUCAUCUACAGUCUAUUUGUCCUACAAGUCCCUAAGCUUGAUGUUUGUGAUCCAGCCACUUCCAUCGAUGUGGCUCAACCUGACAGCAAUUUGGCCGAUGAUAAGAAUUUAUUGUUACUUAGAUCUGAGAGUCCUUCCCGUCUGGGACCUGCCAAGUCCAUUAUUGCCCUGCUCUUUGUGGGGGCCAUCCUAUAUGACUUGGCUGUAGUUGGAUCAAUGAACGUGCUGCCCCUCUUCUUCCUAAAGAAGCCACUGAGCUGGGGACCAGAAUAUGUCGGCUAUGCCAAUGCUGCUGGCCAUGUGAUCUUUAUUACCAGCUUCCUGGGAGUCUUUGUGUUUUCCAAGUUUCUAAGAGACACCACCAUGAUCAUGAUUGGGAUUGUGUCCUUCUCGGCUGGCAUCCUUAUUAUGGCCUUUGUGAGAUGGACGUUCCUGUUUUACAUUGCUCGUGUUGUGAUGCUCUUUGCCCUCAUUCCCUUGCCAACCAUCAGAUCUUUGUUAUCCAAACACGUUGAAGCAUCAACCUACGGAAAAGUGUUUGUCCUUCUGCAGCUGUCACUGGUGAUCACUGGAGUUGUGACAUCAACAGCCUAUAAUAAAAUUUACCAACACACCCUGGGCUGGUUCAGUGGAUUUUGCUUCCUUCUGUCAUGUGUCAUUGGUUGCCUGAGUCUUAUCCCUAUCAGUUUGGUAGCCUACAAGCAAUAAACACAAACUGAUUUAGCAGAGAAAUUAACCAAUAGAAAACAACUGUCGACAUCAGAAGCAGAGCUACAGAGCAAGUUGGAGCAACCAGACAGACUGACUACCUGAAAGACAGCCUUGAUACUAAUUAUUGUAUUGUAUUGUAUUGUAUUGUAUUGUAUUGUAUUAUUUGUAUGCCGCCCUUCUCCGGGAGGA